ACUUCUGCACUGUUACAGUGAUGACUGUGGUGGUAGUCCUCAUUCAACACCCUGUUCCCCCAUGGAAAAGACAUGCAGUGUUUGUCAUUUCCACUGCACCCAGGGAACUGCACAGCACUGUGCACAACUGCUGUUCGGGUCUGCAGUUCACCAGUUUCUGUAGUUGCCAUUGCUCAUGCUGAGCUCUGCAAGCCAGAUGCACAGAAUGCUUUCAAAGUACGGAUUAGUAUCAAAACAGCUUUGGGAGAUAAUGCAUAUGCCUGGGAUGCUAAUGAAGAGUACCUCUUCAGAGCAAUGGUGGCUUUUGCAAUGAGAAGAUAUUCCAGCAAGAGCACAACUCAAAUUUCCAAUGUGCUGCUCUGCAAUGUGACAGACCGGGUGUCCUUUUGGUUUGUGGUUACAGAUUCUUCCAAAAAUGUGACAACUGUUCCUGGAAGUGAGGUGGAGGCAGCCAUCAGGAUGAACCGGAACAGAAUCAACAAUGCCUUCCUACUGAGUGACAAGACACUGCAGUUCCUGAAGAUAACAUCAACCUUGUCACCUCCUGUUGAGCCCUCUACACCUGUCUGGAUUAUUGUAUUUGGUGUUGUUCUUUGUCUCAUUGUGGCUGGGAUUGUUUUCCUCAUUGUUUCAGGGAUUCAGAAACACAAGAAAAAGAAUAAAGAGUCAACAGAGAGAGAAAAUUUAGAAGAGAAAGUCGAAGUGACACUAGAAAAUGGGAUUCCUUGUGAAGCACUGGAUUUAAAAGCAGGCCACAUUAAUGGAGUCUUUGCAGCAGAAGAUGAACGGUUCACGUCCCUAUGAAAUGCUGCCACUGCUCUCUGGUGGUUUUCUGAAAGACUCCUGUGCCUGACUUUUAUCUUCACUACUCCUAAAUGUCAAACAUGAAGACAAGAAAAAUGUCCUUUCAUGUAAUUUCCCUUGAGAGAACCUUUUACUUGGGUGAACCUCCAUUACAGUUCUUUUUCAUGAGCAAUUCAAAUAAGAAGGCCUCAGAUAAUGUCCAUAAAAGAUUUCCAGAAGAUGUGUGGCAGAACAGAGUUGUAACCUGCCUUCUGCCAGGCAUCUCAUUUUUAAUAAUUAUUUAAAUAUGUCUAUUGUUUGUUUUUUCCUGACAUAAAUGUGAAAAUGCAUUAUUCCUGAAUGUCACUGGGGAGAUUAUCUAUCAUUGUCAAUUCUUGAUGGAUUUGUUUUUCAAGCCAUAUGCAAAAGUUUCUCUGUAAAAUUAUUUCUGUUUGCUCCUAUUAGUAUGCCUUUAGACGGAACAGUCAUCAGUGCAAGAAAGUUUUCAUUUAUUGAGAAACAAAAAAGCUUUCACAGCCUCUGUAAGACCACGUCAAAAUACCUGGUUCAUCUAGCUCUGGGGCUAGCAAGUAUCUAGUACUAGAAGUAUUUUUCACGUAACUGUCAAGGUUACAGAUUAUGUGAGCUGGAAAUUAAAUUUUCAAAACUCUGAAAUUUGUUGAAAUUAAAAGUUCCAACAAAAGGCAGAUUUUUCAUGGGUGCAGUCAGUGUUUUGCGACCCAGCUCUCAUUUAAUCAUAGAGUCACAGGCCAGCCUGGGUUGGAAGGGAUCUUAAGACCAUCUAGUUCCAAUCCCCCUAUCAUGGGCAGGGACACCUUCCACUUGGCCAAGUUACCCAGAGCCUCAUCCAGUCCAGCCUUGAAUACUUUCAGGGGUGGGCAUCCACAGCUUCUCUGGCACUUUGUUCCAAUGCCUCAACAACCUCACCGUAAAGGAUUUUUUCCAAAUAUCUAAUCUAAACCUGCCCUCUUUCAGUUUGAAGCCAUUCCCCUUUUUCAUGUCACUACAUCCCCUUGUGAAUAGUCUUUCACAGCUCUCUGGAAAUGUCUUGCUUACAGUUUUUAAUAAUAAUAAUAAAACUAGAGUAGAUUUCCAACAUAUCCAGCCUGGGGUCAGAUGAACCCAACUUUUGAAAGGAUUCAAGGUGUGAAAUACCAGCUGCUGGGUUUGGUGCACCUGACC